CGGGUUACGCAACCCGACCGGGCAACCGAAUCGCGUGUCAACCACGUGGUGCGUUAUCUCGUGCAUCAUCCAUGCGCCGCGAUUAUUAUGUAAACGAACCGGUUGCAACGAGACGGAGAACUCGCGUGAUUGUAUGCACACGUAAAACCCCGCGCUCUCUAAAUUUUACACGGAGUGAAAUCUCAUACGAAUGGAAAUACACUCGAAGCUGAUCGUGAACAAACUGCCACCCGCGACCACAAAACUGAUAGACAGCUGAGCUCCCGACUGUCCGGGGCUGUACUAUAUCGCAUCAAUUUGCCGUUCUAAUCAAGAGUACCGACAAAUACCGUUCACGGGCCACGGAACACCGUUAGCAGAAACUAAAGCCGACGUGAUCUCGAUUCUUCCUCUGGUAGUUUCGACGCUUGAACAGGCAAAAUGAGUUACGGUUACCAAGGGCCACCUGUUCAAUUUUCGGGACGAGCACGACCACCAACGUCAUUUGGAGCCCCACCUGGUGCACCCUCUGCCCCUAGUGCUCCGUCUUAUCCCCAAACCGGUUUCACGAAUGCACCGCCAAUGUCCUUUGGCAUGCCACAACCGUAUGGUCAGACCUCCUCUCCUCAUCCGACAACGUCCUUCGGCAUGCCACAACCGUACGGCCAGAUCUCCGCUCCUUAUCCGACUCAAGCCAUGCAUCCUACUCCGAGCAGCUCACCAUUACACAAGACUUAUUUGGCGCAACAAGUGCCGUAUCCAGCUCAGUCCAUGCCGUGUUACCCAUCCAGUGCCUAUCCAUCCAACGUUUAUCCACCCAGUCCCAGCCAACGGGCAAGUCAACCAUCUUACCCACAACAACAGAGCCGCAACACAUAUCCUAAUCUACAACAAACAUCAGAGGCUGCAGAAUGCUUUAACAAAAGAACUUCCCUAUAUCCUCAAGGACCAAAUACACACGCAAGUAGUUCAAUCCCGUAUCAAGGCGGAAACUAUUCUGGGGGGCAGGGGGUACGCUCUAAUUAUCCUUACGGCGCUAAUCCACCUACUGCUGCUCCACAUGGCACCACCCCAGCCCCCCGGUUUGCGCCUAAGAUCUCCCCCACUGUCGUGGCUUACGACGACUUCGAUGCCAGAGCGGACGCGGAAGCGUUAAGGAAAGCCAUGAAGGGAUUUGGUACCGAUGAGAAGACCAUCAUUCACGUUCUCGCCAAUCGCAGCAAUUUGCAGCGUCAAGAGAUCGAGUCGCAAUUUAAGACCCUUUACGGAAAGGAUCUUAUAAAGGACUUGAAAUCGGAACUAUCCGGGAACUUUGAGAAACUCGUUCUUGCUCUGAUGAUGCCGCUACCUCAGUAUUAUGCCAAAGAACUCCACGACGCGAUGUCCGGUAUCGGCACCGACGAAACGGUGCUCAUCGAGGUGUUGUGCACCAUGUCGAAUCAUGAAAUAUCCAUUAUUAAGCAGGCAUACGAAGCGAUGUACAGAAGAACAUUGGAGGACGAUUUGAUUUCCGAUACGUCCGGCAACUUCAAGCGCUUGAUGGUGUCAUUGUGCUGUGCCAACAGAGACGAGGCGUUCGACGUGGACCACGCUGCCGCGGCGGAAGAUGCCAGACAACUUUUACAAGCUGGGGAACUUCGUUUCGGCACGGAUGAGUCCACCUUCAACGCGAUCCUCGUCCAAAGAAGCAUGCCGCAGUUGCAGCAGAUAUUCGCGGAGUAUCAGAACAUAACAGGCCACGACAUCGAGAAUGCGAUCGAGAAUGAGUUUUCGGGCGAUAUCAAGAAGGGUCUACUCGCGAUCGUGAAGUGCGUCAAGAACAGAGCUGGUUUCUUCGCGGAACAAUUGUACAAGAGCAUGAAAGGCCUCGGCACGGACGACAGCCGUCUCAUCCGACUGGUUGUGACACGCUGCGAAGUGGAUAUGGGUGAGAUAAAGUGCGCGUUUGUGCAACAGUACGGAGAAUCGUUGGAAGAUUUCAUUUCUGGUGACUGUUCAGGGCACUACAAAAAAUGCUUAUUGGCAUUAGUUUCCUAAAACAUUUUUUACGAUCGCAAGAAGCUCACUUCGUUGCAUUUAUCGUUCGUUUAUGAGAAAAUGGGAAACAUCAGUUCUCGAAAGUGUACAGUGAAUGUACACGAUUAAAGAUUGAAUGCUAUUUUACUUCCAUUCUGUAAUGGCUUCUGUCCACAGGACGCGGAAACACUUGCCGCGCGGCGGAAGUUCAUGCGGUGGACAAUAAAUUUUUAAUUCUUACCGAAGAAUGGCAUGUUGAUUGGCUACCACGUGAACUUCCCGCCGCGCAGCAAGCGUUUGCCACAUCCUGUAAGCAGAAGCCAUUACAGUUGCAUCGAUGACAAUCGUAUAUUCUGUACCACACAUGUGAUUGAUUUUUAUACACACAGACUUACACGAAGAAAUUUCAGCUCGCGUAUAUACAAUGAAAAUAAUUAAUGUCUUUACAAAUCUUCCGACGUUUUUUACAUAUUGCGAUAUAUGUAAAAUAAGAAUUUUGCGAAAACAUAGCUAAUAAUCAUUCAUGGGAAUUUCCAAUGGUUUUAGAGAAUCUCUGAGUUAAUUACUUGACACAGACACAUUUAUGCUAGCUAUUGCUUGGAUUGAUCUUUUAGAAUUCCGUGUUAUAGAUAAAAUGUUCAUGAAACAAAUCUGUGAAAGACACCGCUAACUCGGAAGCCGAGUCAAGUACUGUUUGGAUUAUUUUAAUUGAAUAUUCCGAUUUACUGUAAACACUUUUAUAUCUGAGACAAUAACGGAAGUGAGUAAAAUUUUUGAAGUACUAUUGUCAAUACGAAUGUAUUUGCUUUGUAAGAAUCUUGUAACGAUCUGCCAGCUGUCUUCCUACCGCUGGCUAUCUCUCGACUAUUUUUUAUCAUGGUAUUACGGUGAUA